AUGUCAUCCACCGCCGGCCCCGUCCUGAAGCAGUCCGUCAAGCUAGCUUGUAUCCAGCUCGCUUCGGGCGCCGACAAGCAAGCCAACCUCCAGCGCGCGGCCGAGCACGUCGAAAAGGCCGCCGCCCAGGGCAAUAAGAUCGUCAUCCUGCCCGAGUGCUUCAACUCCCCCUAUGGCACCAAAUACUUCCCCCAGUAUGCCGAGACACUGCUCCCCUCCCCACCACCCGCCGACCAGGCGCCUUCGUUCCAUGCCCUCGCCAAGAUGGCCUCCGAUAAUAAAGUCUACCUCGUCGGCGGAUCCAUCCCCGAGUUCAACCCGGACACCAAGAAGCACUACAACACGAGCCUGAUCUUCGGGCCCGACGGCUCCCUUCUGGCCAGCCACCGCAAGGUACACCUCUUUGACAUCGACAUCCCCGGAAAGGUCACGUUCCGCGAGUCUGAUGUCCUCAGCCCCGGAAACAAGGUGACGCUCAUCGACCUGCCAGAGUACGGCAAGAUCGCCGUCGCCAUCUGUUACGACCUGCGCUUCCCGGAGCUGGCCACCAUCGCCACCCGCGAGGGGGCAUUCGCCCUCAUCUACCCGGGUGCUUUUAACACCACCACUGGUGACCUGCAUUGGCGCCUACUCGGCCAGGCCCGCGCUGUCGACAACCAGAUCUACGUCGCCCUAUGUAGCCCCGCCCGAGACGUCAACUCCGACUACGUCGCAUGGGGCCACAGCCUUAUCGUUGACCCCAUGGCCAAGGUCCUGGUCGAGGCCGAUGAGAACGAGACCAUUGUCGAGUGGGAACUGGAGGCCGACAAGAUUGCUGAGCCGAGGAGGAAUAUCCCUCUCAACACGCAGCGGAGGUUUGAUGUAUACCCCGAUGUGAGCAAGGGCAAGAUUCAGUUUGAGGAGCCUUGA